CCAGCAGGAGGGUGAAAAUGAAAGCAGGCUGCAGCAUUGUGGACAAGCCAGAAGGAGGAGGAGGCUAUCACUUCCCGGAGUGGGCCUACAAGACUGAGUCCAGCCCUGGCUCCCGUCAGAUCCAGCUGUGGCAUUUCAUCCUGGAGCUCCUGCAGAAGGAGGAGUUCCGCCAUGUCAUUGCCUGGCAGCAGGGCGAAUAUGGAGAGUUUGUGAUCAAGGACCCCGACGAGGUGGCACGGCUGUGGGGCCGGAGGAAAUGCAAGCCCCAGAUGAACUAUGACAAGCUGAGCCGGGCACUUAGAUACUAUUACAACAAACGGAUUCUUCACAAGACAAAGGGCAAGAGGUUCACCUACAAGUUCAACUUCAACAAGCUGGUGAUGCCCAACUACCCGUUCAUUAACAUACGGCCCAACGGUGUUGUGCCACAGAGUGCCCCUCCUGUUCCCACUGCCUCCUCCCGGUUCCAUUUCCCACCUUUGGACAGCCACUCCCCCACUGAGGAUGCCCAGCCCAGCCGGUUUCCCACAGGGCCCCUGGUGCCAUCCGGCCAAGAACCUUUGAGCGACAGCAGCGAGAGGAAGCCCGAUGUGCCCGAGCUGGAGGACGGCUCCUCUGACUGGCGGCGUAGCAUGGAUCUCAUGGCACCUCGCAACGCAGUGGGCCCCGGCGGCAUCAACCCUCAGAAACGCAAGCCAGAGAUCAUGCUGCCUCUCUUCACAAGGCCUGGGAUGUACCCGGAUCCUCACAGCCCUUUCGCCGUAUCCCCUCUGCCAGGGCGCGGCGGGGUGUUGAAUGUCCCGAUCUCACCUGCCAUGUCCCUGACUCCGACCCUCUUCUCCUAUAGCCCUUCGCCAGGUCUCAGCCCUUUCGCAGGCAGCAGCUGCUUUUCUUUCAACCCUGAGGAAAUGAAACACUACCUGCAUUCGCAAGCCUGCUCUGUCUUCAACUACCAUCUGAGCCCGCGGACUUUCCCUCGUUAUCCAGGGCUCAUGGUCCCACCACUACAGUGCCAAAUGCCUCCAGAGGAGCAAACCCAGUUCCCCAUCAAACUGCAACCUCCUCCUAUCGGACGCAAAAACAGGGAGAGACUGGAAAGCACUGAGGAGUCAGCUGCCCCCCAGCUUGCUACCCCUUCCCCCAGGGUGAAGAUUGAGCCUAUGGUGGACAAGGAGCUGGAAAGUGAAGAGCUUCCAGCAAAAGGAAAAGACAAAGCCGAGAGGGAGGAAGGAUCUGGCAUGGCAAUGCAUAAUGCCACCCUGGAAGGAGAGAAGGGGACUAUCUUUGCCAGGCCGGCUGCCCCAUCCUGGUCCCUGACCCAGUCAGCAUCCACCCAGGUAAAUGUCUCAGCUGAAGAGUCCCAAGAACAAGGGGAUGGUGGUGGAGAGAAGCCAUCCAGAGAUCCAGUAGGAGAAACCGGGACCCAGGAGAAGAGAGAGGAUGCCUUGAUGCCACCCAAACUGCGUCUCAAGCGCCGUUGGAACGGUGACCGCCAACCGGAAGCUACCGAGGAGCGCCAGAAUGGGAAGGUCCACUGGAACGGUGCGCUGGGUGCCCCGCACCUGGUGGCAGAACCCAAGGCGGUGACUGCCACGGCCACGUCCGACACCUAGGAUCCAGGAGUGCCGCCGUCCGCUUGGACCGACAGCCGUGUAUUUAUGUAGCGAGAUUGCAGAGUGGGGGUGGGGGCGGGGCGGGGAGUGGGAUUAGGCUGGUUUGAUCAUUCUAGAGACUAGGAUUUUCUGGGUUUCUGUUUGUUUUUUUUGUUUCGUUUCGUUUUCCUUGUCGAAUCGCAGGUGAGAUGCAGUCGGCUUGCUCAGAUUAGGAGGGGGAGACGCUCACCUCUUCCGGGCCUCUUGCAAACUCCAGAGAGGCUGAGGCCGAGGUCUCCGCCAAGGCUUAGGGACUCCAGCCAUAAUCUACUUUAUAUUCUCUAGUAUUUAUAGAAGCAGGAAUCUCUGACUACUUCUAGUUCUUUGUAUGGAGUCCAGCGUAACAAUGAGAAGGAUUUCCUGGCAGUUUGGGGUGCGGCCUUUGUCAAUGUGGGGAUCAGUCUGUUUUUAGUGGGGGUGGGAGUGGGGGGUAUUGCACUGUCCUUCGCUUGGAAUAAAUUGUGGAAAGACACACGUCAGGAAGGGAGAGAGGCCUGCCAAAACCAUGACGGUGGUGGGCUGGGGGGCAAUUUGUGUUAGGACUUGAGGGCAUCAAGGCAGCUCUUUUAGCUUUCUUGAAACAUUGAAGAAGCCAUGAGCAGUUGUAAAAUCUUUCAGGGAAGGGAGCGGGGUGGGAAAAAUAACCUAAUGCCUUUAAUAUACGCAUUAAAAUGUACCCAAGGUUUGUUUUUUUUUUUCCCCCCUUUUCCUAAUUGUAUGGGUGGAGUCAGGAGCGAUUGGAAGAUUAACACUGAGAUGAUUGUGGUGAGUUCAUAGAGGAGGAAUGAGGAGAGCUUUGCUAAGUCUAUUUCCUUUCUUGUUUGGUUUCCCCUAUCACUUUGAGUCAUGCCUUAACUACAUAUACACUUUAUGUGAUCAGGGUCUAUUGACAGAAGAAACUUGUGCAAGAGCAGCUGAGCCAAGGCUGGGUUGAGGUUUCGUCUUUCGAUCGAUAGUGUUGGCAGGAGAUUGCAGAGGGUGAGCCAGCAGUGGCUGGAGGACAGAGUUGCAUGGAGAAGCAGGGGAAGGCCAGGCAAGCGUUGAGGCCAAGCCUUCAGUGAGCACACAAGGAGCUUGGAGGUGGAUUGGAGAGGGCGCGCGGGGGGCUGGGCACCAGCCGCUCAGGCCUCGCAGCACGGAUCUUGUUGUUGAGUUGCUAUAAACCUGCUAUUUCCCUGGAUAGCUGCGUUUCUCGUUAGCCUAAUUAGCCUAGAUUGCGGCAAGGACCGUGGAUCUUUCCUGCUGCAUUGGGUCUCCCUUUCUAGGGAUUCCUUGAAAAGAACUGACACUUGAUCUCCACGGGGCUGCAGUGGUCUCUGCAGCCUUGCGGCUGAUUCACACCGGUCUAGGAAAACAGCCUGAAGCAGGCGAGUGACUGUAACCAGGAGCUUAGCUGCUGCAAGAGGACAGAUGGGGAGGUGCGUGAGCACAGGGCUACUCGCACGCACUAGGCGCAGAAGCUUGGUCUGUGCCCUUUUAGGGGGCGGUUUGCCUGUUUGGAUAGGAGCCCGCAUCGAGGCACUGUCCAAGCCAAGUACUGUACAUAGUACAAGGUGGGUUCUUCAGAGGAAUCCUCCAUUGGGUAACUAAUGCCUGAGAGGCAAUGGAAGAGAAACAACCUGGGGUGGGAGGGGAGGGUGGGGAAGGAGGUUGUCAUCUCUUUACCGGGGUAGUUCAUCUUAGUUGCCGCGUCGGCGCCUUUCAUGGUUUGUUCCAGGCCUCCCAGUGCCGCAGACUGCAGCUCAGCGGGGCCUCCAAACCCGCAGACCUCCUCGCUCCCAGUUCACAGCCAUCACCGCCAGUCCCUGCAGCUGGCUUUCUAGCCCCUAGGUUUAUCUCCACAUUUGGAAGCAAAUACAGUGAGGGUGUUGGAGGGGAGGAAGGGAUGCGAAGGGUGUUGUGGGUUUGAGAAGACCCCCUUCCCAGAGGGAGGGCCAGCAGAUGUCAGUAUGAACUCAGGAAUAGAAACAUGAGGCCUUUCAAAUCAGUACUGCAUAUCUUCACCCCCAGUGUUCCCAAGUGCCAGAUCUAAUGCUGCCGCCUCUUCCGGGCAGAGGCGGGCAGGGGAAGCGGAAUCACCUGCUUCGCACUUCUUUAAAAAAAAAAAAAAAAAAAAUGGAAGUUGACUACAUUGAAAAUGUCGUUUGGCUUUAAAAGUUCGUAACCUGUUUGGGUCAGGGGGUUCGAUAGCCAUUGCACUGUAGACUGGGAGCUCCAUGUUCAGGGAUAAAGGACUCAGGUUCUCAGGACAAUGGACCAGCAAGUGCUGGGUACAUCGGGUUUGGGGUGAUGUAUUCAGCUUUGGAGGGAGAGGCGGCCUUGCCGCCCUCUUCCCUAUCUGGCUCGGGAAGUCACCUUUUUUUUUUUUUUGCAAAGGCAGGUGCUCCUCCUGGCCAGACUUCACCUUGCCUAGCAGCAGCUGAAAGGAGGAAACUUAUAAAUACAUUUUAAAUGAAAAAAUAUAUAUUCCAAUGUGCCAAAUAUUUAAACUUGUGAAGUUUAAAUGGUUGAAAUUUCAACGUCCACCUGUAUUAAUUAAUCAAGAGCAUGUUAACGUUUAAACCAUUUUUGCUUUGUUUAGCCAUAGAGAAUAUGUAGGAAAGAACUUUUUAAUCGGACAACCAGCUGCCAUCCAGCUUUCCGGGGAGGCCUCGUCGGGGCAGAGCGGGGGUAGCGAGUGCCAGCCACGCAGCUCCUCCAGGCGUGAACCGAGCCUUGCAAAAUCUGCAAGCCCCGAGCUUGCCCUACUCCACGAGGAAAAUGAGUCCCCACCCUGCCCCUUCAGAGGCAAGUAGGAUUUUGCAAGGCCAAACUAAAUGGGAGAUUUCUGCGGCGACCGUAUCCCUGCUCCAGCUGGAAAGAGUCAACUCCCAAUAGUGCUGCCUGGGUGGAGAGAAAGGAAAGCCCCUUUCUAGAAGCAUUAACUGCAGUGGCCAAUUGCCACUGCCUUCACCUAUUGGACAGGUUAAAUCUGCUGCUUGGUUGUUCCUUGUUUUUAUUUAUUCUGUAAUUAUGUUUUUGUUUUUAUUUUAUUU